AUGUACAGUAAUGAGAAAGAAUUUAAAGUUACCUGGCCCCACCCUAACUCCAAUCGCACCUGGCCCAACCCUUACUCCAAUCACACCUGGCCCAACCCUUACUCCAAUCACACCUGGCCCAACCCUUACUCCAAUCACACCUGGCCCCCACCCUUACUCCAAUCACACCUGGCCCCCACCCUACUCCAAUCACACCUGGCCCCCACCCUUACUACAGUCACACCUGGCCCCACCCUUACUCCAAUCACACCUGGCCCCACCCUUACUCCAGUCACACCUGGCCCCCACCCUUACUCCAAUCACACCUGGCCCCCACCCUACUCCAAUCACACCUGGCCCCCACCCUUACUCCAAUCACACCUGGCCCCACCCUUACUCCAAUCACACCUGGCCCCACCCUUACUCCAGUCACACCUGGUCCCCACUUUACUCCAAUCACACCUGGCCCCACCCUUACUCCAAUCACACCUGGCCCCCACCCUUACUCCAGUCACACCUGGCCCAACCCUUACUCCAAUCACACCUGGCCCAACCCUUACUUCAAUCACACCUGGCCCAACCCUUACUCCAAUCACACCUGGCCCAACCUUAACUCCAAUCACACCUGGCCCAACCCUUACUCCAGUCACACCUGGCCCCACCCUUACUCGAAUCACACCUAGCCCCACCCUUACUCCAGUCACACCUGGCCCAACCCUUACUUCAAUCACACCUGGCCCAACCCUUACUCUAAUCACACCUGGCCCCCACCAUUACUCCAAUCACACCUGGCCCCACCCUUACUCCAAUCACACUAGGCCCCACCCUUACUCCAGUCACACCUGGCCCCACCCUUACUCCAAUCACACCUGGCCCCACCCUUACUCCAGUCACACCUGGUCCCCACCCUUCCCCAAUCACACCUGGCCCCACCCUUACUCCAGUCACACCUGGCCCCCACCAUUACUCCAGUCACACCUGUCACACCUGGCCCCACCCUUACUCGAAUCACACCUGGCCCCACCCUUACUCCAGUCACACCUGGUCCCCACCCUUCCCCAAUCACACCUGGCCCCACCCUUACUCCAGUCACACCUGGCCCCCACCAUUACUCCAGUCACACCUGGCCCAACCCUUACUCCAAUCACACCUGGCCCAACCCUUACUUCAAUCACACCUGGCCCAACCCUUACUCCAAUCACACCUGGCCCAACCUUAACUCCAAUCACACCUGGCCCAACCCUUACUCCAGUCACACCUGGCCCCACCUUUACUCGAAUCACACCUGGCCCCCACCCUUACUCCAAUGACACUUGGUUCCACCCUUACUCCAAUCACACCUGGCCCAACCCUUACUCCAAUAUCACCUGGCCCAACCCUUACUCCAAUCACACUAGGCCCAACCCUUACUCCAAUCACUCCUGGCCCAACCCAUACUCUAAUCACACGUGGUCCAACCCUAACCCCAACCACACCUGGUGUAAGAGAAUAGCCAAACUUACUUCCCCAUGA